CAUUCUAGUGACUAUGUCCUGCGACAACCAGCAAGGAGACCAGUUGGACUUGAAGGAGAGAAUAUGUACCUUUUUAAAGGUGAAGAAACAAGGAUCCACUGCCCUCCAGAUAGCGAAGGCUGUUGGACUAAAGAAGGCCAAGGAUGUAAACAGUGUCCUGUACGCUUUAAACAAAGCUGGACUUCUUUAUGUAACACCAGACAUUCCACCAGUCUGGUCUGUGGAGAAACCAGGGGCGGCGUCUGUCUCUGUCAUUGUUCCAGAGUCAGAUCGAGUGCCUAGUCCUUCUGAGACCCCUGGCAUCACAGAGGAGGAACUGAGGAGGGUGCUGAUGUCAAAGAGUGAUGGAAGAGGGAUGAGUGUGCAACAAAUUGCCAGAGAAUUGGGCCAAUCAAGAAAAUUAGUGAAUAAGCAUCUUUAUGACCUGCAAAGUAGCGGCAAAGCAGAAAAGUCGGGAGAGAAAGUGUGGAAAAUGAAGGAUGAAGCAAGCGGGGGAGGAAAGCUUAUUAAAUACGAGAGUGAUUAUCAAGAUAUUUCACUUAGACUGACUGAAAGCUCCAGGUUUUCCAAAGAUUUCAAAUUAUUGAGUGUUCUGGGUGCAGGAGGCUUUGGGUGUGUCACUGAAGCCCAACACAAAUUGGAUGGGAAAACGUACGCCGUGAAGAUUGUGCAGAAUAUGGGAGAAGCAAAUCGUGAAGUGAAAGCACUGGCUACCUUGGA